AUGCAGUCUGUUAGCUACUUCCCCACGGAAACUCAUUUCUCGAAAGAUUGGGAGGAUUUGCAAUUGGCGCAUCUGCAUAACGCCGAAAUCGAACCUGCUCAUACUAAGGACGAGGUCAUAUUGGACGCUAUUGACAGAAAAGAUGCCCUCAAAUUAGCGGAACUAGCGCGGCAAUCUGAUGGAUUGCUCAAUGCUCAUUUGAGAGCAAAAGCUUGGCCAAUCCUUAUGGACCACUGUCAUAGUCUAACUGACAAUGAGGGUUUCUUGAGCACACUAGAGGUGAACGAUUCGGAGCCCCACAAGGACGAGGAUCAGGUUUUGCUUGAUAUCAAACGUCUGUUUACGAUCUUGUCUCAUUUCAACUCUUUCAGCCACGAAGUGAACUCUUCGUACACUACUAUACUCUCUCAAGAAGACGUAGAGGCCAUGCGCAAGCGCUUGUAUUGCUUGAUUGUUAAAGUGUUGCGUAAAUAUCCCUGUUUGCACUAUUACCAGGGGUUUCAUGACGUUGCUAGUAUUGCUCUAAUGGUUUGCAAUGAUCUAGAAGACCACGAUGAUCAGGCUUUUGCAAUAGUUGAAAAUUUGGCUCUCUACCACUUAAGAGACUUUAUGAAUCCUCACAUGGGUCUUUCUAUCAAUCAUUUGAAAUUGGUUCCACUUAUUCUAGAGCAAGCAGACCCGGCUUUGUUCCAGUUGGUUCGCCAAACAAGCUCGUCAUACACAGCCACAUACGGCGCCUUUUAUGAUUACAAGUUCUUCCCUGCACUACUGGCUUUGCUCACAAUGUAUAGUCAUGAUGUUUUGAGCUUCAAUCAUGUCAUGCGGGUCUGGGAUUUCAUUUUUAGUUUUGGUGCCAUCUCGGUGUCAGCUUAUAUUUAUGCCUCAUUCAUCCUACAUUCUAGAGCCAAGAUAUGUGAUGAACUAGGAGUAAAAGACUUGGAAGAAUUAUCAAGUGCCGAUGCUGAUCUUGUGCACAAAAUAAUGUCACCCACUUUUCUUUUCGCAGGUGUCUCAGAAGCGGACUUGAAUAGUGUAUUAGACAAAACCGCCAGUCUCAUAUCACAAUGGCCGCUUGUAUCCUUGUUUGACUCAAGCGAAAUGGCAAACCUGUGGUUUAGAGAAUUCAAUACUGAAUCGGUUGUGGUGACAUCAUCCAAGUUUGAAAGUGACGAAAGUGACAGCAGCUCGGUUCCAAGAAUCAUAAGUCCAUCAGAUCUCCCAAAAAUUGUGGAUAUUCAAGAGGAACAACAAACUAAAGAAUCGCUCUACGAAUCAGAAUUGUUUCAAAGGGCCAUCGAGCAGGACUCCUUAGCAACCUCUGUAAAUUCUUUAGAUGGCAACAGCCCAUCUGCCCUGUCGCUCAGCUUACUCACUAAUUCCUUGUCUAACCUAACGGCAGUAUCUUCUUCGAUUAAUUCCCGGCUUUCAUACACCUCGUCUGUUAUCCUUAAGAAAUUGUCAAUUCAAUCAGAGGAACUGAAAAAUAAUAAACCGACAAGAAAAGAAACCGCAUUAUCUGUCCGUACCAACAUUUACAAGCUCAGUCUCACGAUUGGUCUCAUCGGGUUUCUUCUUCAUUUUCUCCUAAAGCACUCUGAUGUUUCGCAAGGCUAUAGUUCCAAGAGUUUCUAUUCUCUUGUUAGAAAAUUUGGAACUAUAUUUAGUAAUGAGAGCUUCUGGAAUAAUCGCUUGGUAGUACAAGCUUCGAAAUCUGCUGGUGACUUGAUGUCUGCGAUCAAAGACUCCGAGUUUUCUAAUUGGGGAAGAUACCUUCCUGAAGUGGGACUCGGUAGUGUGAGGAAGUCUGUCUUUGCACUUGAGAAAAUGACUUUAUGA